CAUGCAGGUAAACGAAAUCGGCGGCCCGACGAAAGUUGACAGAACUCUCCUUACAAGAUAUGCCUAUCAUCACAUAGAAUUGCAGACACAUUUGAAAGUGUCUUUCGAUAUCGUGCAUCAGAACGCUUUUUAAACAAUUAAGGAGGCAAUCUAAUUAAAUUGUGUCUCAGAGCUCUGUCAUAUCAGCCUAAGACGCUGUAGGGCUAAUCACCCAAAGACCCAGCAGUUACAUCUGAAGAGAAUGAGUGUCCCGUGUUUGACUCCUCUGAGACUCGAGUUGACAAGAGUGGUUGACAAACUCCGAGUACACAAUGUUCCCGUUGGACAACAUAGAAACACACAUCAAGGUGUACAUAUUUCCCGUGCAUUUUUAUCCCCCUAGAAACCGAAGAGCACUACUUCGUAUUAUUUAGAAGUUGCGACAGAUGUUGACUACCAGGUGUCCAGUGCUGUUUCCAUGGUCACAACACCCUGUCCUUCCGUCGAGCAUCGCCCAGGACAGAGGACAAGCACUUGUGGUUGCUAGCGCGUGCCUACGCGUGACUUGAAAACCUUCGGAACCUACGCUGGGAACUAACUAAAUCGUGCUAUUUACCUGCUAAGUUUCGCGGAGCCCUUUCAUCGAACGGACACUAGUCACCGGCACCUCAGCAGCAACCCUCGGAUGACACGUGCAAUGUGACGUCAUCGAGUGCCUGGCCAUGCCCUUUUCGGCGUUGGUCGUUGGUGGAACAUGUUGUCCCCCUUACCUGUCCCAUGAGCAAACGGAUAUGCCUUGCAGCAAGAGAAAAGCAGGCUGGGCUUAAUUUCGCCGCUUGUUUGUUCUGAGGGUGGCUAGGGUUAGAUGCGAUCCUAAAACAAGCCGCGUGCAAAUUCCAGCGAAAAUUGCGCCGCGCGUUUCCCCUGUGCAGUCCUGCUGCUCUCACCGGCCGUCAUCCGCACCCAGCUCCCCCCUAUCUCCCUCCCCUCCUUCUCACUGUAAGGUCUCCAAACUGCGGUCGUUGUUGACCAAGACACCUCCAGCAACUACUGCCCUAACUGUGGGCUGCAGCGUGAGAAGCUGAUGAAGUAGGAUAGCGUCAAGGGUCUGUUUGCCGUGUCGCACCACGCCGCACGCGUUCUGGUGCGAGCGAAGACGUAUGACAAUGUGAGGGGGGCUUUUUGCUUUCCUUUGUAUAGUACCUGAGCGACGAAAAGUGAUUUACUCUUAUUAGAAUAAAAUGUGUUACAUAACUUUGAUACUUUUACAGAUUGCUUCUGUAAUCUAUGCGGAUUACAUAGUACAGCUGGACAUUACUCAAAUAUUACAUGGAACCAGCAUUACCGACCUCGCUGUCAACUCCUGCCUGGAACUCAGGCAUCGGUCUUACACGACUGAGGCUGGAGACAGUGGAGAAUCCCUUGUCUGUGUUAAUGGAACACUACUUCAAGAAACAAAUCACUCAGAGACCUCGAGCUUACACAGUCGAAAUGUUGUGUUUGCCUUUCUGUUUCCACACCGUGUACCAGUGAAGCAACUACAUUUGGAUGUAAACGUCUGGAAGGGGGACGAACUAGCCAAGGCCUUUCCUUUAUCAGUGCCCGUGCAUUCAUCACUGGAUGGAAACGUAAAAGGAAACAGAGACAGGUAUCAGCGUCUUUCCCUGCAACUGCCAGUCCCAGGUGAUGGCAACAACGGCUCUGCUGUCGGUGUGAAGGUGUUGUGCCAGACGGACUUCUUCGGAUCUCGGUGUGAAACUCGCUGCACUGACACAGACAGGUACGCAUGCGACUGGACAGGCCGCCGGCUGUGUCACAAGGGCUGGUUGGGGGACAGGUGUGACAUACCAUCAGGCAAAGUUGCUAACGACACCCUACAACCAGGAAGGCUUGAAAGGAUUGACAGGGAGAAGCGACAGACUAACACAAGCGCCAUUUUUGUCAAUCCAUGCAACGAUGCACCUUGUAAAAAUGGCGGGACGUGCUUCCUACUAACAGUAGAACCACCCACAUUCCAGUGCAGCUGCAACCCCGGGUAUACUGGGGACUUCUGCGAAAAAGGCAUUGACGAGUGUGCAAGCGGGCCAUGUCGCAACGGUCGUUGCAUUGACAACAUCGGCUUCUACCGUUGUGCUUGUGACUUCGGCUUCACUGGCCUCUACUGCAGCAUCGAUGUCGACGAAUGCGCGGUGAAUCCCUGUGAGAACGGUGGCACGUGCAGUCAGGGUCCCCCGGGAACCUUCGAGUGCACCUGUCCCGUUGGCUUCGCCGGCCUGCAGUGCGAGACAGACAUCAACGAGUGUUUGGCUCUCAGCCCCUGCCAGAACGAAGGGACCUGUCAACAAGGGCCACCCGGACAGUACAUCUGUAUUUGUCCACCCGGCUUCACAGGUGUGAACUGCGAGACUGAUGUCAACGAGUGCGCCAGUCGCCCAUGCCAGAAUGGCGGACUGUGUCAGGAGAACGGGCCGGCCAGCUUCACCUGCCAGUGCCCUCAGGGCUACGAGGGCAACGUGUGUCAGUUCGAGGUGCUGGCGUGCGCACCCAUCAACCCCUGCGUCAGGGGCACGUGCCAAGAGCUGGGUCGCGGAGCCUACAGGUGCAACUGCAGACCCGGCUACACCGGCAAAAACUGCGACGUGGACAUCGAUGAGUGCCAGUCGCAGCCUUGUCUCAAUGGAGGCUCUUGCUCCAACGGCCCCCCGGGCUCUUACAUUUGUCAGUGCCCCGUUGGUUUCUCGGGCGGCAGAUGCGACGUGGACAUCGACGAGUGCGCCAUCCUCACCCCAUGCGCCAACCGCGCGACGUGCGUGCAGGACGUACCCGGCAAGUACCGCUGCAUCUGCGCCACGGGGUACACUGGCCCGCGCUGCCAGGAGGACAUCGACGAGUGUCUGUCCCAGCCCUGCGCCAACGGCGGCACCUGCACCCAGGGUCGGGUGGCGGGUACGUUCAGCUGCGCCUGCCGCGCGGGCUUCACCGGGCCCACCUGCGAUGGGGCGUUGGACCUGUGUGCGAGGUCGCCGUGUCAGAACAAGGGUCAGUGCAACCAGCUGCUACCAGGCACCUACAGCUGCGUCUGUCCACCUGGCUUCAGAGGGCGGAACUGCGAAGAAGACAUCAGUGAGUGUGCCUCCCAGCCGUGCAGAAACGGAGGCACGUGCAGUGAACCUGUCCCAGGCACCUUCUCCUGCGCAUGUCUCAAGGGUUUCACCGGCGCCCAGUGUGCCGAGGACAUCAAUGAAUGCUUGAGUAACCCUUGUCGGAACGGCGGCACGUGCUCACAGGGACCUCCCGGGAAUUACACCUGCGCAUGCGCAAACGGUUUCGCAGGCAGCACGUGCGAGCAGGACAUAGAUGAGUGCGCUAGCCGGCCGUGUCACAACGCAGGCAUCUGCAUCCAACCGUACCCCGGAAUCUUUCAGUGCAACUGUACCCAAGGGUUCCGUGGCCGAGUGUGCGAGACGGUGGUUGACCCUUGCCUCUCUCAGCCUUGCCGUAACGGUGGCACGUGCAACACGCUGGACGGAGGUAGCUACAGUUGCACCUGUCCCCUGGGGACAUCCGGCCUGCGCUGUGAGGAGGAUAUUAACGAGUGCGAGAGCCGGCCAUGCAAGAACGGGGGCCAGUGUUCGCAGCCUGCCCUGGGGACCUUCCGCUGCACGUGCGAAGCUGGCUACACUGGGUCAACAUGCGGUGUGGAUAUCAACGAGUGUGCUGCACAACCGUGCGCCAACAACGGUACCUGUCGCGAGGGUCCUCCAGCUACAUACUCUUGCACAUGCGCACCGGGCUGGCAGGGCUUAAACUGCACAGAGGAUGUGGACGAGUGCGCGUCGUCACCCUGUCAGAAUGGCGGCACCUGUGAGCAGCCAGAGCCCGCAGUGUUCAGCUGUUCAUGUCUGGAGGGCUUUCUGGGAGACAGAUGUCAGCAAGAAAAACUUUGUCACAACAAAUGCAAAAAUGGUGGUACAUGUCAAGAGCUGUCUGGUGUGGAUUACAUCUGCAUGUGUCCUCUGGGCUUUACUGGGCGCAACUGUGAGGUCAACAUUGACGAGUGCAGCAGCAACCCCUGUCGUCAGCUGGGAGUGUGUAUUGAUGGAGUCAACAGUUACACCUGUGCUUGCAUGAAAGGUACUUCAGGAUCUUUUUGUGAAGUGAACGUGGACAACUGUAAUCCUAACCCUUGCAUUGGUAAUGUUCGCUGUGUUGACUGGACGGACGACUUCUACUGCAUGUGUCCUAAUGGUACUGCUGGAAAAAUCUGCAAUGUGUCAUCACCAGAUACAUUGUACAUAUCCUGCACCAACAACCCCUGUUUGAAUGGUGGUGCAUGUUGGCGAAACAGAGAUGGAACUACUCGUUGUGACUGUGCAAAGGGAUUCACAGGCACACAGUGUGAGAGGAACAUAGAUGACUGCAAGCCAGGGUUGUGCAAGGCUGGUGCACGAUGCACUGACUGGAUCGAUGACUUCUAUUGUCAUUGUCCUCCAAAAACAUAUGGCAAAACUUGUGGGGACAAUACAACAGUAACCACAUUUACUACACAGGAACCUCAGGUGGCUAUACUACCUGGUGGAUAUGGCAUUGAUGCCACAUUCUUAGCUGUCCUCUUAGGAAUCCUUAUUGGCCUUGGCAUCAUCAUACUCAUUGCAUCUGCAGUGAGAUUUUGGUUUCGACGUGGGCAGCCUCGUGAUUUCUGUUUUGCCCUAAGAGGCCACUUCUACCGUCCAUUUUAUGACUGGAAUGAAACUACUUUCACUUCUGAGCGCUACUGAAUAAAGUGUGGAUUUCAGUGUACAGUCCUCUUAAACAACAGCAUGUACUCAACGAGAACAACAACAAAUGAAGGUGUAUAAAGUCUUCUAUAACAUUGACACUUCAGAAGGCAACAAGCAGAAUAAAGGUGUAUAGGCAGAAGCACAGUCCCACAUAACCAUCCAUGAAGUAGUACACUAUUUGUGCUGCUGUCUUGCGUAAAAAAGCAGAAAUGAAGGAAAAAAUUCCCAUGCUCAUAUUUAUAAAUAUAAUGGAAAGCGUAGUGAUUUGCUCUUUGUUUCUAGACACCUUUGUUCUUUUUUAAAAACUUGCACUUUAUGGCUCUCUGAGCUGCUGGUUACAAAGUGUUCUUCAGAUAUUUAUGGCAGCACACUAAAGGACUGAGCUUGCUAUAGCACAUGUAAUAAAAGUCAUG